CGAUCGUGAAAUGGACGCCAUGAUGAAAUUAACAAAAAGAGCACAAAAGAAGUAAAAAUUACACAGCUACUGAUGCAAGAUGCUUUAUUUGGAGGACUAUGUCGAGUUGAUAGAGCAACUCCCAGUGGAGCUGCGAGACAGAUUUACAGACAUGAGAGAGAUGGAUCUGCAGGUUCAAAACAGAAUAGAUGACCUAGACAUCAGAGUGAAACAGUUUUUCAUGAACUGCCGCAAGGCCAAGCCAGAGUGGAAGGAACAACAAUACAAACAAAUCAGAGAUGAGUAUCAAAAGGCUAUCGAAGAUGCUGAUGAGAAAGUGAACAUAGCAUCACAGACUUAUGAUCUGGUGGACCGACAUUUACGAAAACUAGAUCAAGAACUGGCAAAGUUUAAAAUGGAACUCGAAGCUGAUAAUGCUGGUAUAACAGAAAUUCUAGAACAAAGGUCAUUAAGACUAGAUGAACCACUUAAUCCACCCUCACCAGCAAGAAAUAAUCACAUACACGGGUCAUUGCAACUGGCUGGACACAAAAGAAAAACUCCUGACAGUUUGUCAGGUGAUCUUGUGAACGGUGACCACUUGUCCAUUCCUGGGAUGCACGACUAUUCGUAUGGUUCCCUUGGAGUCUACAAUCAGAUGUCCCCCUCACCAAAAUCAGUUGCACCUCAGUCUCCUUCUUCUGUUCCAAGAUCAUACACAUUAAGUUCAGUUGGACCUGGUUCAGCAGCUGUGGCAGUCGCUGCACAUCAAGCAGUAACAACAACACUGCAGAUGCAGUCUGGGAGGAGAGGAAGUGGAGCCUUGAAGCCUCCUUACGCUGCAGCUUUAGGAAGUUCACUGGGCACUUUGUCAUCCACACCAGGUGGCUUGAAUGGUCUGCCAGCCAGUAGUUCUCUAGGAAUGCCAUUCGACUCGCCAGCUUCUAGUGUGAACUCUGUCAGUAUUCCUGUUCCACCCAGUGAUGUGCAUGCCUCUCUUAGUGUGGCGCCGACAUCAACAAAACAGAAGAAGAAGAGUAAAAGCUCGACCCAGGUUACUGCGGUAGCCUCGGCCCAGGUUGCUGAACAGGAGGCAGCGGUUGCAGUAGCUGCUGUGUCUGACUGGGUUUACGAUCCUAAUGAACCUCGGUAUUGUCUUUGCAAUCAGGUCUCCUAUGGCGAAAUGGUCGGAUGUGAUAAUCCUGACUGUGCUAUCGAGUGGUUUCAUUACGGAUGCGUUGGAUUAACAGACGCUCCCAAAGGAAAAUGGUUCUGUCCUCAAUGUCAAAAUCAAAUGAAACAACAAAGACGAGGAGGAAGACACAAAUGAACAGCGUACAUGAAGGCUAUCUGGAUAAGUGUAACGCUCUACGGUGUGAAAGGGCCCCUUUUUCGUGACUAUUGGCUAAGAGUGUUGCGUGACUGAUGGUUGUUGCCCGUAGGUGUUACGUGAGGACACAAGGGAAGCUUGCAAAAGGGAUUGCAUUUCAAAAUUAAGGAACUUAACGAGCAUGAAACUUGGAAAAAGAAAGUUAUAGACAAAUCGAAACACUCUCCAGAGUUUGCGUGAAAAUGGGAGAGUUCGUUGCGAAGCUGCUUCCCGAUAUUUCAAAGACUGGGCACAUGUAGGUCUCGAUUUCCGCCACUCUCUCAAGUUAUGGUGUAACUGUGUUUCUCGUGCGCCUCUUCGUGGCUGAAAUUUAUGGACGUAACACUACUUACAUUGUUGCAGAAAUCCCUUCUACUCGUGCAAUAAUAUCGUGUAAUAUUGCUACCCACUUUCUGCCGAAUUGUGCUCAGAUGGUGCGACAAAUUUCCUGCCUUCUUGCUGUGUAAUUUUCAAAUCGAACACAAAGGACGUCUCUCAUAGUAAAAGUACUAAACAUAAGGUUA